AUGGGGAACGACACAUUAGGAAAUCCUGAGUUUCCGAUGGAGGGCGGAUGCGCCUGCGGCCUCGUACGGUACCGCCUUGAAGCACACCCACUUAUUGUCCAUUGCUGCCACUGCACUUCCUGCCAGCGCGAGACAGGGACAGCAUUUGCCCUGAACGCAGUCAUUGAAUCCUCCCUCAUUACUCUCCUCCCAUCGGCACCAGCAACGGUCCCUGCAUCUGCCCAGUGCAACGCAAAACCAGCCGCCCCGCCAAUCGGGCCGUUUAAAGAAGACUGUGCCGUUGAGCCGGAAACAAUCCUCACUCCGUCUGAAUCUGGAAAGGGGCAGACUAUCGCAAGAUGCCCUAAAUGCCGUGUAGCAGUCUGGUCAAACUAUGGCGGGGCUGGGCCGUUUUGCCGAUUCAUUCGUGUGGGGACGUUGGAUGAGGCGUGGAAGGUUGGGCCGGAUGUUCACAUUUAUACGCGAAGCAAGAGAGGCUUCUUUAUGCUGGAUGAUGGGUUGCCGCAAUUUUCCGGAUAUUAUCCCAGUGUUGACGAAGUAUGGAGCAAACAGAGCUUGGAGAGGUGGGCCAAGAUCUGGCCGGAGAUUGUCAAGUAUAAGGAAAGCUUAGUUCAGCGAAGUUGA